AUGACCGUAGAGCAGUACCAGACGGAAAGCAUCGCCAACUCAAAGCAAUACGGUGGCUCAAGCGAUAGCAUAGCUACCAUGACCAUGGGCAUCGAUAUGGAUAAAUAUAUUUUUCCCGUUAAUUCAACUGAGGUGAAUUUCACGCCGCUCAGUGAGGCAAACGUCGGAUAUUGUUCAAGCACAAGCGACGUUUCCAAAUCUGAGCAAAUGGUAGAAAGAGCGAAGAAAAGCAUGCACAUUCCGGAAGGGACAACCAAACCCAGCCAGCGUCGAAGAAAUGUCGUUAAAAGAAUUUUGCGCCGACUUGGUAAGCAAAACAAUCUUCAGCAAGAACACUUCGCCACGAAGAUACGGAAAGGAACGAUUGACGUUUGGUGGCUAUACGACGACGGAGGUCUGACAAUUCUUUUACCACACCUGCUAACGUUACCAAGAUCGUACCUAGAAGGAGCGAAACUGAGGGUAUUUUUCGCAGCAAAGUCAAACGUCGAUAUUUCAGCACAACAGAAAGGAAUGAGCACAUUGCUUAAGCAGUUUCGAAUUAACUCCAGCUCUGUGGAAAUUGUACCAGACAUGGAGGAGCCACCACACGAAGCGACGAUGAGUCAAUUCAACGAAAUCGUUGAAAAGUUCAAGGUACCUGACUGCAAUGCGUUGCCUCAAAUGGACAAGGAUAUGCUGGUGUACACCGACGAUCAGGAGAUGAGCCGGUACAAGGAAAAAACCAACAAUAUGCUCAGGACGUCAGAAGUCCUGCGACAUCAUUCGAGCAACGCCGACUUGAUCAUACUCACGUUCCCUGUUCCAAGAAGAGGUCGAGUUUCAGCCGGUCUUUAUUUAAGUUGGCUUGAAAUGUUGACCGCCCAAAUACCUCCAGUUUUGCUUAUCAGAGGCAACCAGGAACCGGUUUUGACGUUAUACACCUGA